UGACCACGAUGGAUCUGUACUACCAUAUCCGCUCGCUCCCCUGCCAGUCAGCGGCAUUCCUGAUCAAGCAUAUGGGGCUGGAGUUGAACCAUAAGCCGACCAGCAUAUACGACCCGAAGGAUCUGGAAGAGCUUAAACGGGUGAACCCCCAGGGCACCAUUCCGACGCUGGUGGACGACGGUCGAGCGAUCUGGGAAUCGCACGCCAUCCUUAUCUACCUGGCGGAGAAGUACGCCCUUGACGACAGUCUCUACCCGAAGGAUCUUGCCGAGCGAACGGUGGUCCACCAGAGGCUCUUCUUUGACAAUGGGCUACUGCAAGGUGCCGCAAUGGGUAAUAUGCUGGCCUCCCUCCGCAAGCAACCCAUCUCGGCGGAACUUAGCGCCAAGCUGAAGCGUGGCCUCGAGCUGAUGGAAAUGUUCCUCACCGGAAGCACGUACGUCGCGGGCGAAAAGCUAACGAUUGCCGACUUUCCCGUGUUCGCCAGCGUUGCCUCACUGAGCUGGAUGCCGUACGAUCUGGCACCGUACCCGAAUGUGCAGCGCUGGUGCGAUCGAAUGGCGACGCACAUUCCCGACCUGCACGCGAUGCACAAGCAGGCUGAGACGGACCUCCGAGCUCUGCUUGCUACCGUCGCCUGAUGUGGAUGUGAUGUACCACCACCACCGGCAUAAUCGGCGGCUUAUCGCGGCAACUGGCAAACCAACAGUAGAUGCAACCAAACAACUGCACCGCUUACUGCAUCUACUCGAAAUAUAAGCCAUUACUCAACACCUCAAACCCUUGUGUUUCACAUGACCCUCGGUGGCCGUAUCUUUUAUCAAAUGCAGGUGGUGAGUACGGUGACGGACGAUGAUGACUGGCGAAUCAGGAACAGGCGAUUAGAUAGCGCGUGUUGGGUACCGGGCGAUAGACAGAAAUAAAAAACCGAAU